UCUUACGCCGCUUCAUCUGAAUUCAUCAUUUUGGCAUAUUUCCCUUUUCCCUUUCCAAUAAUUUCGAUCUAGAAUCAACUCUACAUACAAGGUAUCCAAAAAUGGUCCAAAACAGCUUCUCCUUUAUCCUCUGUUCUCCCCUGCUUCAUGUACACAUCAUCAUCUUCUACCUCCUAACCAGAACCACUCUGUGUUCUGUUGACCCAACGUUCGAAGCUUGUGAACCCAAAACCUGUGGAAACCAGAGCAUAUCCUACCCCUUCUACAUCGAAGGAACACAACAACCCUUUUGUGGUUACCCUGGUUUUGGAAUCUCUUGUAGCAGAAAUGGUUUCCCAAUCCUCAAUUUGUCAAACACCCAAUACAUCAUCAACCAAAUAUUCUAUGAGAAUCAGUCAAUAAGAGUUUCCAAUGCUGAGUUUUCAAGAUCAAACACUUCAAUCAGUUGUGUUUCUCAUCCCCUGAAGAAUCUCACUCUUCCCAGUUCCAGUGUGUUCGAUCUUGUUCCGAACCAAAAGAACCUGAUAUUGUUCUUCGGCUGCAACGACUUGCCAUCUCUACCCAGAGAGCUUCGAGAGCGCGAAAUUGGGUGUUCUGAAAAAAGUGAAAAGGCUUCGGUUCUGGCAUUGUAUGAGGGGGAUAAAAAUCUGAGCUUUGCGUCGCGGAGUUGCAAGGGUGAGGCGGUGGUUGUGACGGUGGAAGACGGUGAAGGAGGAGUUGAAGCGGUGCUGAGGAAAGGGUUGCUGUUGAAUUGGACCGCCAGUGAUUGCGGGGUGUGUAACAGCACUGGUGGGAGGUGUGGAUUUGAUUCUGAGAUUUACACUUCGAGGUGCUAUUGUGCUGAUAGGGUUCAUGCUAAACACUGUGUACCUGAUCCAGUUCCAGAUACAACUGGAAAAAAGACGCCCAUAGUCACAAUAGUGGCCUUAGCAGGUGCUGGAGUUGCAGUGUUGAUUGUCUUGGCUUGCUGCUUUAGGAUAAAGAACUUCUCUUCCGCAUCGCUCUUCUUUUGGAAGCAGAAUCCGACCAAUCAGAUUAUUGAGAAGUUUUUUAAGGAACAUGGAUCUCUUCCCACAGCUAGGUAUAGUUAUUCAGAUGUCAAGAAAAUAACUAAAUAUUUUAGAAACAAAUUAGGCCAAGGAGGGUUUGGAUGUGUUUACGAAGGGAAGUUAUGUGAUGGAAAUGCUGUUGCUGUCAAGAUUUUAAGUAAAUUGAAAGGUGACGGAGAAGAAUUCAUCAAUGAAGUUGCAAGUAUCGGCAGGACUUCACAUGUCAACAUUGUAAGACUUUUGGGAUUCUGUUUGGAGGGUUCUAAAAGAGCUCUGAUUUAUGAAUUUAUGCCCAAUGGAUCUCUUGAAAAGUUUAUUUAUGAAGAGAAAAAAUCAUUCCAGAGUGAUAACCAAUUGGAUUGCAAAACAUUGUUUGAUAUUGCAAUUGGAGUCGCUCGUGGAUUAGAGUACUUGCAUAGAGGUUGCAAUAGCAGGAUCUUGCAUUUUGACAUAAAACCUCACAACAUAUUGCUAGAUGAGAAUUUCAGUCCAAAAAUCUCAGAUUUUGGACUUGCAAAGAUAUGUUCAAGAGAUGAAAGCAUGGUAUCGAUACUUGGUGCUAGAGGAACUGCGGGGUACAUUGCCCCGGAGGUGUUUUCUAGAAACUUUGGUGCAGUAUCACACAAGUCAGAUGUUUAUAGCUACGGAAUGAUGGUCUUAGAAAUUGUUGGCAGGCGAAAGAAUAUAAACACUGAAGUUGACCGUUCCAGCGAAAUAUAUUUUCCUCAUUGGAUACACAGUCGUCUUGAAUCAAACAUGGAGCUUGGUCUGCGGAGUAUAAGAAAUGGAAAUGAUGAUGAAAUUGUGAGAAAGAUGACAAUAGUGGGCCUAUGGUGCAUACAAACCAAUCCUUCAAAUCGACCACGCAUAAGCAAAGUAGUGGAAAUGCUAGAAGGUAGAGUUGAGUUGUUGCAAAUUCCACCCAAACCUUUUUUGUCUUCUCCUUCAACCUCUCCUGUCCAUUUGUCAUGUGAGACACACCAUAGUUUGUCAGAAUUCUAAGAUGUAGUAGUUAUAUUUUGUAUAAGCAAUAUUUGUUACUAUAAUAGUUUUAUUUUUCA